GGUCUCUGAAAGCAGUAAAGCUUUGUGGAGCCUAUAAACAAACUGCGUCACCGAGCUUUAGAGCGCUGAAAACAGAAAUUGACGCAUUUGCACAAAGCUAAGAGACGCUUAAUACGUGCUUAAAAUGGUGAAGAUAGCCUUUAACGCUGCUCUAGCGCAGAAGGCGCUUGGUAAGGAAGGCGAGGUUCUUGUUGCAGAGAAGGACCCUGAGACUGGCUCGGUGUACAGCGGGGAGAACUCCACCGGCCGUUGCCUGCUCACCCUGCUGGGCCUGGCCUUCAUCCUGACUGGCCUCAUCGUCGGCGGAGCCUGUGUGUACAAGUACUUCACUCCCAAGAAGCUGUACCAUGGAGCCAUGCACUUCACCGACCUGGACAGCGACGUGAUGCCCGUGGACAUGGACACCCGUGAGCCCUACUACCUGCCUCGCGUGGACGAGGAGGUGGAGGUCCAGGACAACGUGGCCAUCAUCAACGUGCCCGUGCCCCGCUUCGGGAAGGGCGACCCCGCAUACAUCCUGCACGAUUUCAGGAGGAAGAUGACCGCAUACCUGGACCUGAGGUUGAACACAUGCUUCGUGAUUCCUCUGAACACCUCCGUGGUCAUGCCUCCUCAGGACCUGCUGGACCUGUUCGAGCAGCUGAUGUCUGGCUCCUACAGGGCCUUCCUGGUGCGCGAGGACCUGGUGGUGACGGAGCGCGUUGAUGACGUGUCUGAGCUGGGCUACUACAUCUACCACCUGUGCCGUGGCAAGGAGACCUACCGGAUGCAGCGCCGCAGCGAAAUCUUGGGUAUUCAGAAGCGCUCUGUGGAGGACUGCUUCACCAUUCGCCACUUUGAGAACAAGUAUGUGACCGAGACCAAGAUCUGCCGGGAUUAAGAGGUGGAGGAUGAGGGGGGCGAGCAUUCCACCCCCUUCCACCCAGCAAUGGAACCAGACGUUUUUUUUGUUGCAUAUAAACAGCAAUUUGUUUCGUUCUCCUCCUGCUUUGUAUCCACCGAAGAGUAGAUUUCCUUGUAACGUUGUUGAUUUAUGACUACUCUGAGCCAGCGUAGGGCUCCUUUAUAUAUCGGCAGUCAGUGGCCCACUAACCUUGUUGUCGGAUCGUCACUUUUCUGCCCUCUUUCCUGGAAACGGGCCCUUCUUGUGAAUAAGAAGGGUCCGGUUUUAAUAAUGUAGAUGUGCAUAAGGGUUUGUUUUGCAAUAUUCCAUAACUCAUCUGUGAAAGUAUUUUAAGCCGUCCAUAUUACAGAUCCAAUCGCACACAAACAGUAAGUAUGAGGUUCUGCUGUUUAAGGGAAGAAUGAAAUUGUAAAGAACUGAAACGAUCGUUAUUUUCCCUCCUCUUUUGUAGGCCGUUUGCCCACAAUCUUCCCCCUUUUUUUAUUUUUUAUUUUUAAAACCAGUCACUUAGUACACUAUAAAUCCCCAGAUGUUUCAGUUCCUCCUCACCAGUCCUAAGGGAAUAUCUCGAACCCCUCUUAUUUGAUGGCCUGUGCCUUUUAGGGUUGUUCCUUUCAGUUGUGAUCUGUUAUGACUUCAUUAAACCGGCCAACUGGAAAUAUAGGCCAUUCAAGUGUGUAAGAACAUUUUACACUACACUACAUUUAGCAGUAUACAGAUGGCUGUGAGAGGUCUAAAUAAUGUUACAAAUUUUUCAAAAAAUUUCAAAAUGGAUUUUGGUCCUUUCGGUGCUUUCUUUGAGCCUACUAUCAGAGCAGAGAAAAUGGCUGGUGAGAGUUGACAAGCAUUUGGCAGAAUGUCACUCGAUUAUCAGUUCACACAUGCAGGUUGUGUGUGUCUCUGUGUGUCUGUGUGGGUGUUUGUGUAUGAGUUUGGCACUGUUCAGUUACCUACUCAAUCCAGCAGUACCCUUGGUGGAGUUUUUCAAGUAAAUAGCAAUAUACUGAGUGGUUUGCUUGCAGUGCAUUUUUCCCCCAUGUAUGUUUGAAUUGAGAUCUUCUACUGUAGCUGUGCGCUCCAAUCUGAAUAACCUCCCUCUUGCUAAUUAAAUUCCUCGAGUUCAGCUGAUUGUUUUAUUUUUUGUGUGCAUAAAAUGGCCAGUUAUGGGGUGGUGUGCAGUUGGCACAUCUGAACUCUGGGUUAUUUUGAACCCUUUAGAACUGUGAAUGAAUUCUAAUGGACAUUUCAACAGCACCUCGCUAGGUUUCCAGACACUGCAGUGACUCAAGCUUAUUGAAAGAGUAAAACGGUGCCCUCUAAAAUUAUUCACACCCUUGACUGAGAUGAAUGGAGAAGACCAUUGAAUAAAUAUUGAGCUAUUUUUUAAUUCUCAAAAUGUUAUACUUUAAUUAUGAUUUGAUGGAAUCAACCAAAGUAAUGCUUUAAUCCCCAAUUAUAUAUUUAGUCUCCCCCAAAAAACGUGUCACACUCACCCCUGCUUUCAGUUUGUGCACCCAACCUUUUUGAGGGUAAAGCUACUGAGGUGUGUUCUCAUUUUUAAAGUUCAUGAACAUAGUCAGGAGGGCUCUUUGACCGUUGAACCAUGCCGUCUUUCAAAAUUGUUUGGUUUGCACUUGUGGACUGCCCUCAAUUCAAACCGCACCUUUUCAAUAAGGUUCAAGUCUGAAGACUGAGAUGCCCAUCGGAAAAUGGUAAUAUUGUGGUCAAUUUACCAUUUCUUGGUAAUAUUUAUCCAGCACUUUUUUGCUCAUCUGUCUCAAGGGUAUGGAUGAUAAACAGGGCAAUGUGUAUUUUUGACCUUCAUCACAGAUAAGGGCCAAAACUGGAAGCCAAAUGAAAAAUGCAUUUCUAAGACAGCAGACUUAAAUAGACAUUUCCAAGUCCUAAUUUCCGGCCAUUAUGAUGUUCCUGUCAUAUUGCACGGUGUGUACAGGAGAGGAACCCCUCUGUGUGCUGUUACCAUUUGGGUACGUGAACCUUGGUAGUACUACUGUAGAUACCCCUGAUUCCAUUGCUUUCCAAGUUUUAUUUUUUAUUUUUUGCUUUCGUUGUGUUGUAGCUUACUUGUGUUAACCUGAGCAGCACUAUAUGUUUAAUUUCUGUUCAUUGUGAAAUGUACUUCGAAUUGAAUUCAUGGAAAGCUGUUAAAAUGGGGCAUCUGGUUGCAUGACUACUGUUGAAGAAAGGACAAUCAUGGGUGGAGUCGGCAGGGAAAUUUUUUUUAUUUAAAAUUUUAUUUUAUUUUUAUAAAUGUUACCCCUGCAAUGGCAAAGUGCCGAUGGAGGUUGCUGGAAUGUCUUGAAAGAUGAGGAAAAUGUAUGGUGAAACCAUUUGAUUAUAUUCACUUUGUAACUGUAUGUUGUCAAAUAAAGAUGCAUUUCUUUAAAAAAAA